CCUGGUAACCACUGAGGAGAUACGCAGACAAGCACAUCACCUCGCCACACUCCAACAAGGCACCCUGGUCAUGUCACAUAUCGUAGGGAAGCAUUGCAAGACCAUGCUCGCCGACCGCACGAAAUAUCUCGCACGAUACGCUGACGAUGUAAAUUCAGCGGACGCCAAUGCAAACCACGCUUAUUUUGUCCGGAUCAUGAUCAAAAUACAGGAAUUAUUAAGGGAUCAUGUUAGUGUUCAAGUGGUAGCCCAAGCCCCAGCAGCAAAGAACUCUAGCACGGUCACUUUAGGUACGCUUAGAAAUCUCUACGAUGCUCUGGAAGUCGAAGUUACCAACGAAGAGGUUGAUUAUCCCGAUGAUGUUUCCGAAGGUUCUGUGGCAAGCUCAACAGAGUCGACGUAUGUACCUGAUACGUUCGACCUUGAGGGGGAUCUGCUGGCAAGCUGGAAUCACUUCGUCAGCACCUACAAGCCGCUCUUCGAAUACCCAGAUAAACGAUUGUCAGACACGGAGCAUCUUGACCAGCCAUUUUUCGAACACUUAGAAGAACGAUUGUCCAACGCCGAGUAUCUUGACUACUGGUAGUACCAAGACCAAGAUGACAUGGGCCGAAACUUCGAUUACUCCACCCUCAAGCCAGGCGUGGCUGCCUUUUCCACAGAAGUUGCUGUCGCCUUGCUUGGUGACCAAGAGGAAGAGAUAUACAAGGCCAGGGACGCUCUCAUCACGCUUACAGGGAAAAAGGACUUCCUUCACUUCGCGGAAAACCCGAAAGAUCGACGUUACCUUUUGUCUCGAACGCCGGAAGACGUUACAGUGCUGAGGAAAGU